CCGACUUACACCGCGCUUAUGACGAAUAUCGCCGUCAAAAAGAGAACGGCCUUCUUUCUGCAGUGCCAAGGCAACCGUUAGUCGAGAUGCUGAGUGUAAAAACCUUAUCUUACCUUCACUCUCCCGUCUGCACUAUCAGAUCCCUUCGCUCUCGCCGCUUCCAUCCUCUUGCUCUCAAAUCCUCCUCAUCUUCUACCUUCUUCUCUUCUUUGACCACCAAUAUGCCGGGCAUCCCCGUCGUCGACCACAUUGUCCUCUUCAAGGUCCGCGACUCCACCGAUCCCUCGAAGAUCGACGCCAUGAUCGCCAAUCUCCGCUCCCUCAUCUCACUCAACCUCGCUACCCACCUUACGGCCGGCCCCGUCCUCAGACCCCGCUCCGCCGCAGCUGAAGGUUUCGGCUUCACCCAUCUCAUCUACUGCCGAUACCGCUCCAAGGCUGAUCUUGCCACCUACUCCGACCAUCCGUCCCAUCUGGCCGUCGUUAAUGACAAUAUCCUCCCGAUCUGCGAUGAUAUUAUGGCUGUCGAUUGGGCCGCAGACGUCGAUGCUGACGUUGCUCCCUUACCGGGGUCGCUGGUGCGGCUAACGCUUGCUAAGCCACGGGAGGGGAUAACGGGCGUGGAGGUUGUUAGGGCAAUUGAUGGGGUUAGGGAUUCCUUUCCGGAUUCGGUUCAGGUAAGCUAUGGUGAGAACUUUUCGCCGGCAAGGGCGAAAGGAUACGAGGUAGGGUUCAUUUCGGUGUUUUCAGGGGUGGAUAAGGUGGAUGAAAUUGAAGGGAAAGAGGAGGUGGAGAAGCAGAAGGAAAAGCUGAGGCCGUUGCUGGAGAGCGUCAUUGUUAUUGAUUAUUUGGUCCCUUCUCCUGCUUCAGCCUCUGACGGAACUGCCUCAAAGGUUUGAUGUUUUAAAAGCUUCUUAGUUAUGUUGAGGAUAACGGCUGGAUUAGUGUGUCAAUAACAAAGCUUAAAGCUUGAAAAUUUUAUAAUAAUUGUGUGAGGAUUUCUACUUGAUGGAUUGAACAAUAUUUGGGGAUGUAUGCUUCUCCAUUCCGGGUAUUAAAAUUAUCUUUUGGAAUUUGAAGCA